AAUAAUAACCCUCAGCCCGGAGCUUCUCUCCGGCCGCCGCCGCGGGUCUCUGUCCGCUCUGCACGGCCGUCCGAGCGGUCACGGAUGCUUCUUCGUCCCUUCCCUCCCUGCACGAGGCGAGAAUAAUGAGCUCUUGUGUCAUCACGCCCGGUCCCUACCGCGCCACGAAGCUGUGGAACGAGGUGACCCGUCUGUUCCGGGCCGGGAUGCCCGUCAGGAAGCACCGGCAGAACUUCCGGAACCACGCGUCCUGCUUCACGGCCUCGGCGGCGGCGGACUGGCUGCACCAGCUGCUGUGCGGCAACAGCAACUUCGGGCCGGACGUGACCCGGCAGCAGACGGUCCAGCUCCUGAAGAAGUUCCUGAAGAACCACGUGAUCGAGGACGUGAAGGGCCGCUGGGGGACCGAGGAGCUGGAGGACAACAACGCGCUGUACAGGUUUCCGUCUACCUCUCCCCUGAAGCCCAUCCCCUGCCCCGCGCCGUCUUCGUCCUCCAACUCCAUCAAGAAGAGACCUUCUCUGAGGGACAGGGACGGCUUCUUCAAGUUCCGAGCCGGCAGGAAGCCGGAGAAGGAGAAUCUGGAAAACGCCGAUCCGGCCUCGGCGGCUCAGCAGGACUGCGAGGACCGGGAGAACCGACCGACGGCGAGACGGCAGCUGACCGAGGAGGACGAGCGUGACCUCUGGAGAGAUGUCACUCUCACCCACCUCCAGAGGAUUCUCGGCCUUCCUUCUCUCAGUGGCGUUCUGGACCCGCGCCACAUAAACCCGCAGAACAUCAUCCACAACAUGACCAAAGUCACCAAGCACGGAGUGGUCACCCUGGACGACAAGACCAGUAGGUUGUCCCGACGCCCACCGCCGCCCUGUCGGCCGGUCUCACUCCCCCCCCCCCCUCUCUCUCCAGACGAUCUCCCUCACUGGGUUGUGUCUGCCAUGAAGAGCCUGGCCAACUGGCCCAAAUACGACAGCGCGCAGCCGUCCUACCCGGGCUUCGAGCGAGACGUCUUCAGAACCGUGUCGGAUUAUUUCUACAGCCUUCCGCAGCCGCUGCUGACGUACGAGCUGUACGAGCUGUUCAUCAACGUCCUGGUGUUUUCCGGCUACGCCGCGGCGCCCGCCGCCCGCCAGCUCGGGAAGCGCAAGAAGCCCGACCUGCCCUCGGUCCCGCCUCCGGCCAAGACGGCGUUCCGCUCCACGGAGUGCCUCCUCCUGUCGCUGCUCCGGCAGAGGCCGCCGUGCGACGAGGCCGAGUCGCCCAUGGGGGACGUGAUCGGCGCCCGGCUGGGGGCGGGGCCGGCGGCGGGGCGCCUGCGGGCCGGCGGCCUGGGCGGCAGCUGCACCAGCCUCAGCACUCUGGUCCCCGCCAGACCUCGAACCAGGAGCUGCUCUCUGGAAGCCAUCCUGGACGCGCCCGCCCCGCUGGCCCGGCAGCAGCUCUUCCUGUCCACCGACAGCCUGCCGUCUGGCGGUAACCGUAGCGACGGUAGCUCCGCCCUGACAACGACGCGCGGAAACCGCGGCGUCGGCGGCAGCUGCCUGGACAUCGUGGUGGAGACCGAGGAAGACGGCGGCGGCGGCGAGAUCAGGUUCCGGGGUCGAGCCAGGAGCUGCCUGAACGUGAGCGCCGCCCCCUUCGCUCCCCGCCGCCCCCCCACUGGCACAUCUGACCUCUGGACGCUCCCCGCCGCCUCCGCCGCCCGCCGCUGCCUCAGCUCGCUGGACGUGUCCGGGCCGCCUCCACCUCCUUCCCUGUUCAAAGCGCCUGUUGGUGCGCCUCCCCACCCCCCACCUGACCACAGCGUCCUCCAGCCGCAGUGCGAGCGCGUGGCCGUGGAGGCGCUGCAGCUCUGCACCCUCCUGCUGCCGCCCGCCGCCCGGCGGAAGCUGCAGCUCCUCAUGAGGAUGGCGUCCCGCAUCAUCCAGAACGUGGACAUGCCGCGCCUGCACCCGGCCGUCGGCACCCGCACCCUGAUGGUCCACACGUUUUCGAGCUGCAUCCUGGGCAGCCCCGAGGAGUGCGACCUGGACGAGCUGCUGGCCACCCGGCUGGUGUCCUUCCUGAUGGACCACCAGCAGAGCGUCCUGUCGGUGCCCGGCUACCUGCUGGACGCCAUCACCGCCCACAUCCAGUACCUGCACGCCGUGCAGGUCCCCGUGGACUCCCGGUGCCCCUCCGAGGGGGACGAGGCGUGCCCCCCGGUGCCCGUCUACGCCUUCUGCCGCCAGAUCAGCGGCGCCGAGUUCGAGCAGCAGAAGCUGGAGUCUUCCCAGAGAGCCAUGGAGGAGCUGCUGGAGAUCCUGCUGAGCGACCCCAGCAUGAGCGAGCGGGACCGGAACAAGAAGCUCAGGAAGUUUCAGAAGCAGUACCCGGACAUCUACCGGCGCCGCUUCCCCUCCGAGAACAAGCCAAAGAUCAAACCCCCGCUGCUCGCCAUCAGGAGCACCUCCGCCCGCUGGCUGCACUGACACAGUGUUAUGAGUGUGUGUGUGUGUUUUUAUGUGUGUGUGUGUGUGUGUGCGCGCGCAGCCUCCAGACAGCAUUUGGGAGUUACGAAAUGUGCAAAUUCUUUUGAGUCCUCUGGUGAAAAUGGGAGCUGUUAGAGGAUAUUUUAACUUAAUUUAUAAGGAUGCUGACCUGAGAAGCAGAAUCAGCUGUUUGUUUUGAACUGUAUUUAAACUUUUUUUUUAUAUGUGGUAGACAUUUAAGCUUUACUUGAAAUCCUCGGUAGUGCUCUCGAUGUCAAAAUAAAAAGGUUAUGGCAGGCUGGGUGAAGUUUUCGUCGUGUUGUGUUUCUGUAUUGAAGGCCA